CUUUCAGCUGCCCCCCCACCCCUAUUCAUACUCCUACCCUACCUCAACCUCCUCCUCCGGUCUUGACACCAACACUGCUGCUACCCACACCCCUAACCCUCUGGAAGAUCUGCCAUCUGAGUGUAGGGUCUGUCUCUCCUCCCAGGAUUGCAACAAAAACCUGUCAUGCCUCUGGGAAAACCUGCCCCGUUAAACAAGCGGAAAAAGCUCUCGAAGAUCAUAACUGACCUAUCGCAUAUCAACCAGGAUGAGUAUGACUCGGAGCCAGAGGCAUCGGAGUUUGACCUGGGAACAAAGAUCAGGACUCCUAAAGACAUCAUGCUGGAGGAGCUUUCCCUGCAGAACAACAAAGGCUCCAAGAUGUUUAGGAUGAGGCAGAAGAGAGUGGAUAGGUUCAUCUACGAGAACAACCCCGACGUCUUCAGCAGUGAGUCUAUGGACAACCUCCAGAAGUUUGUUCCCUCUCUGGGGGCUCAGAUGGGAGGUGACAUCAUAAAUGUUGGUGGGCAUUUUGUUAGCAAACAGCUGCAUUUUGGAGGGAUCCUUCCCGGAGGGGCCCCUGUGCCUCCUCCGAAACCUGGAAGCAAAGGUGCAGGAGCAGGAGGAGCAGGAGGAGCAGGAGGAGCAGAUGGUGCAGAAGGUGCAGGAGGACAGGGUGGGGGUGACCAUGGGAAAGAUGGAAAAGGAGAAAGGGCUAGUGGGUGGUCUCCACUAAAAGGAGGUGGGGGGGAUUAUGCAUCCAAGCUGGUUCAUUUGAAGACAUACGUGUCGCCAUGGGAGAAGGCCAUGAAGGGUGAUGAAACUCUGAUAGCCACUCUGAAAGCUGGAAUGCCUGAUCCCACUGAAAAAAAGGAUUCGCGCAAGUACAAAUGCUUCAACAGGUCUGCCAUGCCCUUCGGUGGCUUCGAGAAGGCUAACCAGUUCAUGAAAUUCCAGUUGCCCGAAACUGAGGUCAAACAGGAGCCUGAACCCACAGUUGUGUACCAACAUGACAUCGCCUGCCGACCCUCCUUCAACCGCACUCCUAUUGGCUGGGUGGGCAGCAGUGAGCCCGGCACCAUUAAUAUGGAGAUAGAUACUGUGCCCUUUGAUGGAGAGACUGAUGAGCUGUGAAAAAAUAUUCAUACUGUUAUUACACUCACUGUGCACAUGCACACAUGCACGCAUGAAUGCAUGCAUAUAUGUUAGCAUGCACACACACACACACACACACACACACACACACACACACACACACACACACACACACACACACACACACACACACACACACACACACACACACACACACACACACACACACACACACACACACACACACACACACACACAAGCUUACAUUUAACUUAUAUUGAUGAAUUUGAAUCUCAGUGUGGUUAACUGAAAGCGUACAUUAAAUGUGAUCACGUUCUCCUUUUGCUCUGUAUCUGGUUGUAAGGCAAAGAAACAAGCUGUAGAUGUUGCGGAGGAAUGAAACAUCAAACGUUUAUUUGAUAAAUUCUUAAGUGGAGUCUAAACACUCAAUAUGUCAGAAAAGUUGUUGUUCUUGGUGAAGAGUUGCAGAUUUUGUCAAUGAGGAAAGAAUGAAUCAAGUGUGACGGAUAGAUUUACGCAUGUUACUGUUGUGCACACUGUUUUGAUGUUGUUACCAUAUUUGUUAUUUCCCAUUUCCUUUUUUGUUAUUUUGUUGAGCUGUGAAAACCCUACACACCUAUCUAGUUCACAGUGCAUGCAUAUAGUUAGUUGCUGAUCAAUUAACCUACUAACUAUACCAACGCAGUUUCUCCACAUUAAAACCUAGAGUGAUUAAAAUGUCAAGGGAAAUCA